AUGGAGUUGGAGCAUAGAGCUUUGUGGGCAUUGAGGCAGCUGAAUCUCGAUAUGGAAGCUGCGGGUACAAGUAGAGUCACAGACUUAAAUGUGCUUGAUGAAUUCCUCUACCAUGAUUUUGAGAGCACAAGACUAUACAAGGAGAGAAUGAGGAUGAUGGAUGACAAAAAUAUUCUUGAGCGGAGUUUUAAACCUGGAGAUAUGGUAUUGCUAUACAAUUCGAUAAUUAAGUUGUUUCCAGACAAGUUGAAGUCAAGAUGGUCAGGACCAUUUCGUGUGGAGAUGCAUUCAACUACACCCAUCGAUAUUACAUCGAAAGAUGGCUCCCGCAAGUUCAAAGUUAAUGGGCAAAGACUAAAACAUUAUCAAGGCAUGGUUGAGGAAGAUAAAAUGAUCUCGACAUUGUACUUGAAAGAUCCUUGA